AUGACUGGCCCGAGCAAAGGCUAUGUUCUGGAAAAUAUUCUGAAGACGACGUUUAAUUCCUUGUAUCCUUCCGCGGAAGGGCUCCACAGGGCAAUCUUUGUGGGGCCUGGUUGUAAUGGAUCCUGGAACUUAGAUACUUCUUAUGGCUUAAAUAUCUAUAUAAGAACGGCUGGGGAACCUACUUCAGGAACAACGAAUAGUCCGGCAUCAUUCAUCUUCCAGUUAGUAAUCAUGAAGUACAUUCUUUCCUCGUUGUUGCUCGUGGCACCUGUCCUUGCGUUUCCAACAUCGUCUGAUUCUCUCCUCGAGCGUCAAGCAACAUGUCCGGGUCUGCCUAGUGGGUUCUCCUUCGCGUCCGAUGGAAAGCUCCCCGAUCCAUUUACCACUGCUGCCGGUUCCAAGGUCACAACAAAAGCAGACUGGGCAUGCCGAAAGAAAGAAAUCAGUGAUAUGUUCCAAAAAUACGAGCUUGGUACUUUGCCAGGCAAGCCGGAAAGCGUCACAGGAUCGGUUUCCACGAGCUCUAUCUCCGUCUCAGUCAAGAAUGCAGGGAAAUCAAUCUCUUUCUCGGCAAGCGUGAAGAUGCCCAGUGGAGCUUCUGGUGCAGUACCUGCCAUUAUCACCAUUGGAGGAUCCAGUAUCCCGAUUCCAGCAGGUGUCGCAACCAUCAACUUCAACAACGAUCAGAUGGCGGCGCAACAGAACAAGGGCAGUCAUGGCACGGGCAUGUUCUUUGAUUUGUAUGGCAAGGACCACAAUGCAGGCGCUCUCAUUGCAUGGGCUUGGGGUGUGAGUCGUAUCUUGGAUAUCAUCGAGGCGGACACUACCAACAAGAUCGAUAUCAAGAGGAUCGGGGUGACAGGUUGUUCCCGAAAUGGAAAGGGAGCGUUCAUUGUUGGUGCUUUCGAUGACCGUAUCGCUCUCACCAUUCCCCAGGAAUCAGGCUCAGGUGGAGCAGCAUGCUGGAGAAUUUCCGACUCGGAGCAUAACGCAGGAAAGAACAUCCAGACCGCCGGCGAGAUCAUUGGUGAGAAUGCGUGGUUCUCUCCACUCUUUGACCAGUGGGCCACCAAGACAUCCAGUCUGCCACACGACCACCACAUGCUUGCUGCCAUGACCGUCCCACGGGGUCUCCUUGUGAUCGAGAAUAACAUUGACUGGCUCGGCCCAGUUUCCACCACUGGAUGCAUGAGAGCCGGCCUAGAGAUCUACAAGGCAUUUGGUUCAGAUGCAAUGGGAUUCUCCGAAACUCCUGGCCACAACCAUUGUCAAUUCCCGUCCUCCCAACAGCCAGAGCUAACUGCCUUCAUCAACAAGUUCUUGAAAGGAGGAAACGAUGCUACAUCUGUUGAUAAGAGUGAUCAGAACGUCAAGGCUAGUAACUAUAUUAGCUGGACAACACCUACACUCACAUAG